AUGCCCUUUGAAGCCGCCCAAAAAGCAUCCCUCCACCACCUAAUCCCGCAAUCCACCGAUAUCUCCCUCUCACCCCCCGAAUCCUACUUCUUCAUCACCGACUUCCUGAUAAUAUCCUGCGGCAUCCUCUACACGCUCUGCUACACCUUCUACGCCAUCCGCACCUACAGCGACCGUUUCCUGGCCGGCACCGUCCAAUUCCUCAGCGCAACCAUGGCCUACGAAAUCUACUACGCCUACGUCUGCACCAGCACUGCCUUUCAGCGUGCAUGCUUCUUCGUGUGGUUCUUGUUCGACGUUACGUUUGUGAGUGUGGCGCUGAAGUAUGCGUAUGCGCCGGGUGAACGGGGGAGGACGAUUAAGAAGUUGUUGUGGCAGACGCCGGCGUGGAUGGCGGUUUUGUGGGCGGUGGGGGUGUGGUGGCCGGAUGAGAGGGAGCAGAAGACUGCGUUUUUUACGGGCUUGUAUCUUGAGUUGCCGAUUGGGUGGGGGCAGAUUUUUUAUCUAGUCAAGAGGCGGGAUACGAAGGGGCAGUCGCUUGAGAUUUGGCUUACGAGAUACCUUGGGUGUAUUACAGCGUUUUUGGUUUUCAUAUGGCGGUACAUCAACGUACCUGAGAAUUGGGCGUAUGUGGGCAACUGGUGGAGUAUCGGCGGCAUGAUUGUCACUUUACUGCCAGAAACCGUAUACCCAUUCUUCUACAUCUGGGCACAUCGCAAAGAGAGGGAGAAGAAGGAAAAGACUUCAUAA